ACCCUGUCACGCGUCGAGCGGCCCCUCAACCACACUUCGCGGCGUCGCGCUGCCCACGUCCCCCGCCAGCCGCCGGUAAUGGUCCUCGAGAUCCUGGUCCCAUGGCGCAGCCCCGACGACGACUUCGAGCCCACGCCGCUCCCUGCGCUCCUCUUCCGCGCGCCCGUGAAGCUGCUCCUCCACCAGCUGCACCACCUGCUCACCAGCCUGCGUUCCACGCCGACGCCGUCGCAGCCGCCAGUGCGCGUCGUGUGCAUAUCAGACACGCACAACCACCUGGUUGACCAUGUGCCCGACGGCGACAUCCUCAUCCACGCCGGAGACAUGACCAACGCCGGGAGCGUCGCCGAAAUCCAGGCGCAGAUCAAUUGGCUCGCGUCCCUCCCACACAAGGAGAUCAUCGUCAUCAGCGGGAACCACGACACGUACCUGGACCCGCGCACGCGGCCCUCGCUGGCGCCCGCACAGCGCGAAGGCAGCCUGGACUGGGGCCGCGUGCACUACCUCCAGCACAAACUGCUGACGCUGACGCUCACACCACAGCCGCCCGCCUCGGACUCGCGCACGCCGCUGCUCAGAGACGGCAGUCAGCGGAAACUGCGAGUCUACGGCGCGCCGCAGAUCCCGGCCUGUGGGCCCAUGAGCGUGCAUGCGUUCCAGUAUGCGCGCGGCAGCGACGCGUGGAGCGAGACGGUGCCGGAGGAUGUCGACAUCCUGGUCACGCAUGCGCCGCCGAAGUUCCACCUGGAUCUCGCCAUGCCUCGAGGACUGGGCUGCGAGUAUCUGCUGAAGGAGGUGCAGCGCGUGAAGCCCGUGCUGCACGUCUUUGGACAUGUGCACUGGGGCGCCGGUACAGAGGUGGUGCACUGGGAUCGCGCGCACGAGGCGUAUGUGCAGGGCAUGGAGACGGUGUCGAGCCGCACGAGGGGCGUGCUGAAUCCGGGGCUGUGGUGGAAUGUCGUGCGGGUGCUGUACAGAGGAGUGCGGGAGCUGCUGUGGGAUAGAGUUUGGGGCGGGCAGAGCGUGCACACGGUGCUGGUGAACGCGGCACAGAUAAAAGGCAAUACGGGCCGGCUAGGCAACACGGUGCAAGUCGUCGACAUAUAGCACAACUUACAUUUCACAGCCCCGGCAUCAUGUAGUAGUACUCGUAAUGGUAAUGCAUCAAACACAACAGCACUUCAUUGUCAGGAAUCUUUUCGAACAAGAAAGGAUUCUGUUGCUUUACCCCGACUACGACCAUAU